AUGGUUAAGAGGCAUAAAGCCUUUCGGGACCUGGAGGAUGAGUAUAAGCACAUACAGGAUCCGACUCUUCGUCGUCGUCUCAUUUUGCGGGAUAUCAAUGAACGAUCUUUCAGCCGCGCUCAUGUUCGAGCGAUCCUGGUUGCCGGGACGGGCUUCCUGACUGACAGUUAUGAUAUUUUUGCUAUCAAUCUGGUCUCUGAUAUGAUUGGGUUUUGUUACUUCCCCGGGCAUGGGAACAAGAUCCCCCAGGUCGACGAUACCUUGAUCAAGGUCAUGACUUCGGUCGGCACCGUCAUCGGGCAGCUGUUUUUUGGUUGGCUUGCUGACAGGGUUGGGAGAAAGCGCAUGUAUGGCUACGAAUUGCUCAUCAUCGGGCUGGCAACUCUGGGCCAAUGCAUCACCGGUCCUUCGUCAGCCAUCGGCAUCACAGGACUGCUGGUGUUUUGGAGAAUCCUGAUGGGUAUCGGUAUCGGUGGCGAUUACCCUCUUGCGAAUAUCAUCACUUCUGAGUUUGCUUCGACCAAAUGGAGAGGCACAAUGGUUGCCGCCGUGUUUUCGACUCAGGCUCUUGGUCAAUUCAUAGCCAGUCUCGUUGCGACGAUUGUCAUUGCGGCAUUCAAAGAUCAGAUUAACAACGACGACAACUUCUGUAAGGACAGUGUCUGUUAUCAAACGCCUGCUGCACAACUAGCUGUCGACAGGAUGUGGAGGAUCAUUAUCGGAGUGGGCGCCGUUCCUGCGGCGUUUGCGCUCUAUUAUCGUUUAACCAUCCCAGAGACACCCCGAUACACCUUCGACGUGAAUCGUGAUGUGGAGCAGGGCUUUGCCGACUACAAAGGAUGGGUUCAAAACACCAUUGGACCCAGAACUGGACAAGGAGAGGUCGAAGAUGAGAGAAGGGAAAUCCGCGCCGGCUUGAGACCCGGUGAGACUCUGGGCGGCCUUGAUGCUGCCGUCGUACCCCAGUCCUCAUGGAACGACUUCAGACGCUAUUUCCGACGGGGCUUCAACGGCUGGAUUCUCCUUGGGACUUGCGGAUCGUGGUUUUUCCUGGAUGUGGCAUAUUAUGCCCUGGCUUUGAAUAACACCAUCUUCCUCCAGAAAAUGGGCUUCGGGUCCGUCCACGACAGCGACCCUACAAGAUUCUACACGAUUCUCCGAAAUGGCGCGGUUGGCAAUCUGGUCCUGGUGGUUGCCGGUGCUAUUCCGGGUUCCAUCUGUGCAAUCCUGCUUGUGGACAGAAUAGGACGCAAAUCGAUCCAAGUCGGGGGAUUUGCUAUGAUGACCAUCCUCCUUCUGAUUCUCGGAAGUUCUUUCCAGAGCAUGUCCGACGCUUCGCGGGUGGCUUUGUUUGUUUUGAUCCUGUUCUUUGUCAACUUUGGUCCCAACUCGACAACCUUCAUUGUCGCGGGUGAGUGCUUCCCAACCAGGUACAGGAGCACGUGUCAUGGAUUGGCGGCGGCCUCUGGAAAAGUCGGUGCAGUUCUCGCCCAAGCGCUGACGGGCCCACUGCGAAACAUCGGAUUUGAAAAGGGCGAGGACGACGCCUCACCAUGGCUGCCCCAUGUCAUCCAGAUACUUGGUGGGUUUGCGUUUUUGGGUCUCCUCUGCUCCUUCCUCAUCCCGGAAACGAUGGGGCGGUCGCUUGAAAAGCUGGCAGGGGAGGAGCCGAGAGCACUGGAAGGCGAAGAAGCGAGCGACGAGGACGAAAAUACCCAUCCAAAGUCGCUCCUGGGGUCGAUGUGGGUUUCAUGCACGCCUGUGGUGUUGUGUCAGUGGAUUUUCCGCGGGCGCAACCAUGCAACUGCAUAUAAUGACAUUGAUGCCGGCCAAGGAACACUUUCUGGAGAGCGGGUAUCAUUGUCCAGAAUGGCCGCGGGCAACGAGGCGUCCCCUUCCAAGCCCAUUGUUCCCAGAGGCGAUCCGCCCGACCAACAAGAUGACGGAGGACUAAAGAUACUCGAGACCGAGAUAGAGAGGAUCUCCGGGGAAAGCUCUGACCGAAGAGGCCACGAUGAUGCUGAUGAUAUCCGGCAGAUCACUUGA